CAUAAUCAGUCGCUACAGCAUCGUAACCCUGCUCCCUGUCUUUGUCGUAAGUUCAAUAUACGCCGAUUAUUCGUACACCCAAAAAUACAAAGCGCAAAAACAGCGACAAAAUGAAACUGAGGUACUUGAUCCCUAAAGACAUCUACCUGAUUGCCUUCCCUGCGUUUGGCUUCGCUUUUGGAUGGUAUUUGGACAGGAAGGAGACCGAGCGUUUGACCCUUUUCAGGGACAAGAGCGCGCUAUACGGCCGGGUUUUGAAGGAGGGCGAAGCCCCAUCAUGGCCCUAGAAUUGUAGUUAAAUAAAUGUAAAUAAACAAUUGUA